UGGGCCCCACUCCCGAACCUUCAUUUCCUCUCUUUCUUCGUCGCGAAGAGAACAACGCUCUCUACCCCUCUUUUACUUUCCGUAGAUCACCGGCGGGUGUCUCUGCUAAUUCACCGGCGAUGCACGAAACUGAGCUUGGCGAUCUGUCCGACGACGCUGAUUACGCUGCCUCUAUGCAACAGGGUUCAGCAACUAUGACUCGAAAUGAUAGUACUAAUAGUAGACAGAGUUCAUCAAGUGAGCCAGAUGGGGCAGAAAUAGUGUACCUGAAGGAUAACGUGACAAUUCAUCCCACACAGUAUGCAUCAGAAAGGAUUAGUGGUAGAUUGAAGCUGAUUAAGCAAGGGAACUCUCUAUUCAUGACAUGGAUUCCUUACAAAGGACAAAGCUCAAGUGCAAGGUUAUCUGAGAAAGCAUCUCUCAGAAAAUUAGAUAGAAAUCUUUACACUAUAAGGGCAGUUCCAUUUUCGGGUGUUAGGUCAAUUCGCAGGCACACACCAACACUUGGAUGGCAGUAUGUUAUUGUAGUUCUAUCGUCAGGACUGGCUUUUCCUCCACUUUACUUCUACAAUGGUGGAGUUCGAGAGUUUCUUGCCACAGUUAAGCAACAUGUUGUUCUUGCGAGGUCAGCUGAAGAUUCCAAUGUAUUUCUUGUGAAUGAUUUUCAGGAUCCCCUACAGAGAACUCUCUCUUCCUUGGAGCUCUCUAGGGCAGUUUCUGUAGCAGGUAGUGCAUCUUUUUCUGUUGCUGCUAGUGAAUCACAAUUCAGCGGGGCUGAUGGGGAAGCUUCUGAUAGGACAUCAGCAUAUGCUGAACAAAGUGGGAGGCCAAGGCAAAAGCAUAAUGACCCUGCUCGAGAUCUGUCAAUUAAUGUGCUAGAGAAAUUUUCACUUGUAACUAGAUUUGCUCGUGAAGCAACAUCUCAACUUUUCCAUGAAACUUACAGUGAUAGUUUUAUCUCUAAUGAGAGGAAGAAGAAUGAUCAGUCGAGGCUUGAUUAUCCUCAUACCACAUCAGAUGUUGCGCAGAAUGUUUUGGAAGCAGUUCCUAUACCCUCUGAUCCUGUUGAGAUUGAAAAAUUAUCCCUAGUAUGGGGCAAACCACGCCAGCCCCCCUUGAGGUCAGAAGAGUGGGUUUCUUUCUUGGAUUCUGAAGGAAGAGUUUUGGAUCCACAAGCCUUGAGAAAGAGGAUCUUUUAUGGUGGAGUUGAACACAAUCUGCGGAAAGAGGUCUGGGCAUUCUUGUUGGGAUAUCAUUCAUAUGAUUCAACUUAUGCAGAAAGGGAAUAUCUUGUUUCAGUUAAAAAGUCAGAAUAUGAAACCAUUAAGAAUCAAUGGAAGAGUAUUUCAAGAGAACAAGCAAAGAGAUUUACAAAAUUCCGGGAAAGGAAAGGCCUUAUUGAGAAAGAUGUGGUGAGGACUGACAGGACACUCCCCUUCUAUGAUGGGGACGAGAAUCUUAAUGUGAACCUUUUACAUGACAUACUGCUUACAUACUCAUUCUACAACUUUGAUUUGGGUUACUGUCAGGGUAUGAGUGAUCUUCUUUCUCCAAUAUUAUAUGUUAUGGAAGAUGAAUCAGAAUCAUUUUGGUGCUUUGUUGCACUAAUGGAGAGACUUGGGCCCAAUUUUAAUCGUGACCAGAAUGGAAUGCACUCACAGCUUUUUGCUUUAUGCAAGUUGGUGGAGUUGUUAGAUAGCCCAUUGCAUAAUUACUUCAACCAGAAGGACUGCUUGAAUUACUUCUUCUGCUUUCGCUGGAUACUCAUACAAUUCAAAAGGGAAUUUGAAUUUGAAAAAACAAUGCGGUUGUGGGAGGUUUUGUGGACACAUUAUUUGAGUGAGCAUCUUCACCUGUAUGUUUGUGUUGCUGUCCUGAAAAGAUAUCGCAGCAAAAUAAUUGGAGAGCAGAUGGAUUUUGACACGCUGUUGAAAUUUAUCAAUGAGCUAAGUGGUCAUAUUGAGCUGGAUUCCACAAUCAGGGAUGCGGAGGCUUUAUGUAUAUGUGCUGGUGAGAAUGGAGCAGCUGCCAUCCCUCCCGGAACUCCACCCUCUUUGCCUGUUGAAGAUGCUUCCAUUUACACUCAGCACGAUGAUGAUGUACUCUGAACAAAAUUCCUUCGUGUUCAUACUGCUAUAUCAUAGUGUUCUUUCUUACCAACCAUUUCCAUUAUAUUGUUAUUAAUGACGACGAAUCUAAAUAUUCUAGUCUGUAUAUCUCUCUAUGAAUUAAAAAUAAUUCCCUGUGGAUUGAAUCAAAUCUCUUUCAGAAUUACCA